UGGGAGCCGAAAGAGCCGGCUCUUCUUGGUGAGCUGAGCCAAAUGAUCUGGCUCAUUAAAAAGAGCCUGAAUUCCCAUCACUAGUGGACCAGGAUAAUUACUGAAAGCCCUCUAAUGGGGGCAGGGCAUGUGCUGGAUCUGGAGCUGUUAAUGGUCCUGAUUGGGCUGCUCCACUCCCUCCUGUUGAUCCUUCAUUGGCUCAAACCAACAUCAAUCUGUUCACUUCCAGGUCCCUCUCAAGUUUGAAACUUUUUUUUUUUUUUUUUACAAGGAAGGAGGAGGAGGAGGACUCGGGUUACAACUAAAACUCUUGUAACCGAUCUCACAGCAGCAGCAGAAGAGAGAAGAAGAAGAAAAAGAACACACUCUUUGAAUAAUUUACACAUCUGUGUGCCUGAUACACGGUUACAGGAGAAGAAGAGGGAGCAGCGAGGAGGAGGAGGAAAACAAGCUAACAAACAAGCAAACAUGCUGUGAAGAGACUUGUCCCUGCGCUGCCAGGAUGAUGAAGACUUGGGAGAUUUAGUUGAGAUUAACUUUGUCAUCUUUGUUGGCUGACCACUCCUCUGUUGUCCCUCCGCCCGAGGUGAGAAGAGAAAGACUUGACCAUGGACUCCUUCAGCACCAAGAGUUUAGCCCUGCAGGCGCAGAAGAAGCUGAUGAGCAAGAUGGCCACCAAGAGCAUGGCCAACCUCUUCAUCGACGACACCAGCAGCGAAGUGCUGGACGAGUUGUACCGCGUCACCAAGGAGUACACCCGCAACCGCAAAGAGUCCCAGAAGAUCAUCAAGAACUUGAUCAAGAUGGUGGUGAAGCUGGGAGUGCUCUACAGGAACAACCAGUUCAACGGCGAGGAGCUGAUCCUGGUGGACAACUUCAGGAAGAAAGUCCACACUCUGGCCAUGACGGCGGUCAGCUUCCACCAGAUCGAGUUCACCUUUGACCGCCGCGUCAUGAGCGCCAUCUUGAAUGAUUGUCGCGAGCUGCUGCACCAGGCCAUCAAACGCCACCUGACAGCCAAGAGCCACUCGAGAGUCAACCACGUGUUCAAUCACUUCGCCGACUGCGACUUCCUGGCGUCGCUCUACGGGCCCACGGAGGUUUACCGCGGCCACCUGCAGAGGAUCUGCAACGGGGUGAACAAGAUGCUCGACGAGGGGAACCUCUGACCUCCGCUGGCCUUGCCGUCCGGCACCUUUACCUCUGAUCACCCCUCAUCAUGCAAGAUUUCUUUUUGUUUUAAGGUGACAAUCAUGAACAUUUUUCCAUUUGUUGCCUUGUUUGCGUGUGCCUUUCAGCCGUUACUGUAACACUGAAUUUUUUAUCUCGGCUAGUUAAUCCAAAGUCUGUUUCUUCUCCGGUCUGACUUUUUGUUAUUCCACAGUAAACAAAACCCAGCAGAUGUUUUUUUUAAAUGAAUGUAAAACUUCAUGCUCUUAUCAGUAUAUUCAUGGAUAGGAGCCUUGACAACUGUGCCUUGAAAAAAAAACAUUUUUGUCUUCAUUCCAAGGGCACUACGCUCGCUCUCUUACUUAAUCAAAAAGACAAGAAUCCGGCACAGGCCUUCAGUCAUAUCUCUGUGAGGAGCUUUUAAUGGACCAAAAUGGUUUUGGGGCCACCAGGAGAGGACAGAAAGUGAAUUUCCAUCUUUUCCAAAUACCCAAGGAUAAAGAAGUGAUUUUUGUUUGUUUGUGUGUUUUUUCUAAAAGUAGUAUUGCACUCAAUCCUGACCUGAACAAGCGCUGUACUGUACUGUACUUUCCUGCAAUAAUGAAACCAUGUGAAACACGGCGGUUGAGUAAUCCUGCUUAGCCUGCAUUUUACGGCUUUCCCCAUCAUGCACUGAACUCCACUUUGUAUAGAGGGCCAGCAGGCCUUUUGUUUAGGAGGCACCUAUAAACCCAGUUUUGUGUUUUAAUAGUCUGGUUUAUAGCCACCACAACAAAGAUGAAGUGUUUGGGUCAUAGGGGGACCAUAAACGUGAAGGAAUGUGAUUGUGCUGUGUAUUGUUGAAUGUGUUACUCGCUGUACGCUCAUCUGCUCAGAGAAAAAAAAACUCCAACUUUGUGUCUAUAAAUGUCAUAAUCACAGCAGGGGAGCGGCACAAUGUGGCACCAGCCGCAAAGGUUGCUCUGGCAUUUUGUCAGAGAGGAAUAAAGAGCGAUCACAGCAGAACUACUCGUCAUAAUAGAUGUUGGAGCCCAGGGUCAGCCGUGUUUCUGAUUUACCGGCGUUGCCUCAGGUUUAUCCAAAAAAAAGGCACUAAAACUGGUUUGAAUUCUGACAGAUUUGAACUAAAAAGUCUCCCUGUGAGCAGUGAGAUGAAAGGCUGGGCGAAAACCUGCAGCUCGGUGUUUAUGAAAAGGGCCAGGCAGGGUUUAGAGAUUAGAGAGAGACAAACACAGUACCUGAUUGUACUCUCCCACUGCAAUUACAGCUCCCCACUCUGGGGUGGUAUAAUGGCCCGGAGCCUGCCUCCGUCGAGCAGCCACUCCGUUUCAGCCCACCGCAGCCUCAUGUAAUGUGAUGGAGAUAACCAUCUCUGUUUGCGCAAUGCAAGUCCUUUUAAUGGAGUGAGAGAUGUUGUUGUGUUUCUUCCUUAUAUGAAGGAGAAUAUGAAUAGUUACUAUCCCUCCCGAAUCUCACAUAAUAGCUGUCUUUUCCUUUUUGUCUAUGUGUUUUUUGUAUCACUGAGCCUGUCUGGGAGAUUGUUUUGUUCUGCGGCCUCAUUUUGUAUUCUGUGUGUGACAGUGUGUGUGUGUUUGUGUGCGUACCUGUGAGAGAAUUGGAAAUUGAGCCGUGUAAUAAGCGCUGUGCUUUUCCAGAUAGGAUUGCUGAAACUUUAACUUCAUCCACAGCAGCUCUGCCAAAGAAACGAGGACUGAUGUUUCUCCAAAUGGAGUCUUUUUUUUUUCUUUUUUUUUCCAGAGGAACAUUUCAAUAAACAGUAUGCACUUGAUAAUUAUAACGGCAGUGACAAUGAAGACAAAGACGGUGGCUGUUGUGGUUUUGGCCCUUUUUAUUUAGUUCAUUAAUUCUCAGAUGACUUCCCUGAGUAUAUUCACGCUUGUUAGACCCAAUUGACUCUCACUGCAACAUUUUGAAGUAAAUCCUUUUCCCUAAAUCCCCCCCGAAACAGAUGACUUUAAUUGUGUUUGGAUGUCAUUUUCUCCAAUCACUCCACAUCUCAGGGUUAGUUUAAAUCUCCCUUCGGUUUCAAAUCCAUGUCACACUUAAAUCACCACGAACCUCUGCAACAGCCCCACCUAGUCUACUAAAGCACUCAAACUAAGCAUACUUAUCCAUGUUGCAUUUUUACUAUUGUGAAUUGUGAUAUGUUGUUAUUUUCACUCAUGUACAUAUGAUUGUUUUUGUGUCUCUAUAUUGUAUCUAAACACAACGAAUAUAAUACAAUUUACUUUUUUAAAAGAAUAAA